GCUGAGCUGCCUCUUCACCAAGCAGUAUCCUAUGGGUCGGUAGACGCUGUCAAACGACUUCUCAGACAAAAAGGUCUUAGUUUGGAUAUUCAAAACCGGAAAGGCUCUACGGCGCUCCAUCUCGCCGUUCAAAACAACCGUUUGGAAAUGGUCAAUUUGCUCCUAAGUCACCCCCGUGCCAACGUGAACUGCAAAGACAAAGAUGGCAAUACGCCACUUUGGCUGUCUACUUACUCGUCAUGCGACGGGAUAACCGACAGGCUGUUGGCCGAGAAAGACAUCAACGUUAAUUUUGUUGGAGGCCGCGGGACAUCCGAGACACCGUCUACAUCUCUCCACCACGCCGCGGUCAGAUUGGAUACUGUGCUCCUACGACGGCUGCUUGCGGUGCCAGGGAUCAGUCUGAAUCUCUGUGUUGCAGGCCACUCUCCAAUCUCCGUGGCCGCAUAUCACGGACGCGUGAACACAGUUGCUUGUCUACUGAGUAUGGAGAGCGUGGAGAUCAAUGGAAGGGACGUGAUCGAUCCGUCCCUUUGUCGAGCGGUUGCACAAGGCCAUCUCGAUGUUGUAGGACUCUUAGUGCAGCAAGGCGCACGUCUGAACAUCAACGAAAGCACGAUCGCAACUCACGACACUGCUCUCUGCAUGGCCGCCCGUGGCGGUGACUUGGAGAUGGUCCAGGCACUACUACGCCAUGAUCGAAUUGAUGUGAGCCUCAGGAAUCGAUGGUCUGAGGAUCCAUUGAUGUUGGCGGUCAAGGGUGGACAUUCCUCGAUUGUUGAUGCACUUGUGGUCAAUCCCAGAUUGAAAUACUUCAGUUUGAAGCGAUCCCUGGAUCUAGCAAGGAACGAUUACAUCCAGAAAGUCAUUCGAGGCAGAAUGGAAGACGACAACACUCGUCAAGGAUUGUUGCAGCGGUCUACGAGGAGAAGGCUACGUGGUCUGUAA